AGUCAGUCAGUACCGUCUUACCAGUCGGUUCCGUAACUACGUCCUCGCCGAGCAAGACGUUAAAUUCAUACGAAAUAAUUGUCCUUGUGCAUUUGAAAUCGUCGAGUCACUCACCUUGGCUAUUUUUUCCACCACUGAACAAACAUAUCUCCGAUAAAAUUGUUGAACAAUAAAAAUAAUUACGGUUAAUUGGCUCCAACGAGUGGGAGAUAUUCAAUUAAAUUAGUGGUAAAUAAAAAGUUGAGUGAAAACAAACGGUGAAAGUGUUGAAGUUAACGCGUGAUUUUCUCGUUUCUUCGAUAAUAAAGAUGAUGACAUAAUGAAUUUCAUUUGCGGUUGGUGAAUUAGCGAGGAUUAUUCAUCGACUGAUCGAUUUAUUCACUGAUAUUUUAAUGUUCAAGUGGACACGAAGGACUUAAUAUCCAGAGAUUGCAUUGAACAGCCACUAAAAUGACUGUGAUUAUGGACGAGACUAAUACCGUCAUUACGUGGCCAUCACGGUUGAAGAUUGGUGCUAAAUCUAAGAAAGAUCCACACAUAAAGGUCGCGGGUCGAGUGGAUGACGUGGGGGCCGCUAAGGAGAAGAUUAUGCAAAUAUUGGACACACGGCAAAGUAUGCGAGUAACGAUGAAACUAGAUGUGAGUUAUACAGACCACUCUCACAUUAUCGGAAAGGGCGGUCUAACGAUAAAACGAGUGAUGGAAGACACUGGUUGUCACAUUCAUUUUCCUGAUAGCAAUCGUAGCAAUCAUCAGGAGAAGAGCAAUCAAGUGUCCAUUGCUGGGGAGAUGGAGGGUGUGGAAAGAGCACGUGCACGUGUCAGGAACCUGACUCCACUGAUAUUCUCCUUCGAACUGCCGAUAAUGGGUGCCAUGCACGGUCAUCCCGACUCCACAUCUCCCUACAUCGUGAAAAUCCAGGAAAAAUACAACGUUCAGGUGAUGUUCCGUACAAGACCAAAGCUACAUGCAACCCUGGUAGUUGUCAAGGGCUGUGAAUGGGAAGUUCAACAAGUGAAGGAGGCUACAGUCUUCCUUAUUCACCACAUGUGCAAGAAUCUCGCGAAUCAAAUUCAAGUGCAGAUGUCGAUGGAGAUAUCCCCUCAGCAUCACAGCAUCGUCUUGGGAAAGCAGAGUACCAACUUAAAGCUGAUAAUGCAACGCACCUCGACGCAGAUAAUCUUCCCAGAUGCAGGUGAUCCCAACAUCCCCAGUUUGAAGAAAAGCAACGUGAUAAUAACUGGACCCAUCAACAACGUCUACACGGCUCGCCAACAGUUGCUGGGCUCACUGCCCCUUGUCCUCAUGUUCGAUUUGCCCGAGACCUCUCGCCAGUGUGUGGACUCGGAGACAAUCUCCCAACUAAUGCAGACCCUCGAUGUCUUCAUAAACGUCCUCCACAAGCCCAAGCAGAGCAGUCUCUCAGUGAUAAUCAAAGGUGUCGAGCGCAAUGCCAACUGCAUUUACGAGGCACGUAGACAGCUGCUUUCCUUGGAGAACGCCCAGGUUAUCGCCGAGAUUCCUUCGGGUUACACCAUCCCCAAUCCUUCGAAUAUUUUCCAGAACAGCCUCAACGGAAAUGUGCUAUCCGAAAAAUUCGCCAAUUUCCUCACAAUAAACACACAGUCCCCCUCACCGUACUGCGUUUCCCCCCUUGCCAACUCACCGAAUCCGUUGAGCCUGUCCCCUCACUGGAGCCUCCCACCAAUGUUCUCACCCCUGAUGCAUCACCCCUUUGCAUUUCCAAACGCCAAUGCUCAACUCCUAGCAGCUCGUCAGGCCAUGCAGGCCAAUAUUCUGAAUCAGCAACAAGCACAGAUGAAUGCUCCUUCGCAGAACCUCCUCGGGAUAGCCCAGACUCAUCCACCAGGCUUUACUCCAAACACUCACUUUAACUCCAACUCCUGCAACCUGGGCUCAAAGUCGGGAAGCGAUAGCAAGGAUACCAGUGCGUACUUGUCCCUGAGCAGUGCCUCAAGUACAUUAUCUAGUCCAGCUGUCAGUCCCAGGAACAUCUCUCCCAUUGGUUCGUCCCAUACUGAUAUGUCCACGAGCAGAGACCUGUCAGCGAUGCUUUCUGACCUGUCUAUGGAGAAAAAGGGAUUCCGUUCCUCUGCACCUCUCACCAGUUACGAUUUCGAUCACAAGAAGAUACUCGCGUUGAAGGCUAUGAAGACCAAGCCCAAUCCAAGUGAGUACAGAGUGCCGACACCCACGUGGGCUGGCUAUGGUCUUAGUCAGACAAUGCCCAGUCUGAAUCCCGGUGAGAAUCAGAAGCCGAGGGAUCCUUCGGAUCUCUGGGAUGACCCUAGUACACCUCUCCUUUACACUCCCACCAUGAAGUUCGAUGGGGAAGGUGAGGGUGACUGCCCCACACCGUUGGCCAUGACAUCUACGUUCGUAGACCACACACCGAGGAGUCGACUCGAGAAAAUUCUGAAUGGAAGUCUUACGGAUCUAUCUGGUGCUAUGAUAAAUGCGGGAUUGGAUAAAAAGUGGAUUGAUAUGCUAGCAUCCCACGAAAUCGACAUGUCCACUUUUGUGUCAUUGACUGAGGAGGAUUUAAUGGAUAUUGGAGUCAGUGCUUGGGGGGCUAGACGCAAAAUGAUUCUUCUUAUUUCCGAAUUGAGGAAACGUACAAAGCCAUUUUCCGGCAGUGCAGCACCAGGAGCUGAACGUAGGGCUUCUCUGACAAUUCCAUCUGUGUCGAACAGCAACAGCGUAGAAGGAAAAUGGUAGAGGAAAAAGACUUUAAUCUAUCUCAAUAAGUUCAAAAAUUGAUUUAAGGAAAUUAAGAGGGGAACAUAUCAACGCGAGGGCUGGUAAAAAUCGAGGGAGUCUAUUAUUUUUGGGAAAAUUUUCAAUAACAUUGCAUGCUUUAUUUAUUGAGAACCCAGGGAGGGAAGCAAGUCAUGCCGAUUUUUUUUUCUUUUUUUUUCUUCAUUUUUCCUUCGCUAUCUGAACUCCCUCGUGAAGUCCAGCGUUUGAUAUCUCAUUUUUUAAAUGAAUAAUAGCAGAAAAUUAUUGUGAACGAGGUCGCGGCAGCCCUUAGAGGUUCGUUACACACGUCAUUGCUGGCAAUUACGUGAACGUGUGCCAAUGAAUUGUUUAAAAAAUUUUUUGGAGAGAUGAACGAAUCGAUUCUCAUUUAACUAGCAAAAAUCUGUUCAAUCUCUGUCUGUGAUGAUUACGAUCAUACUGAUUUAGGCACUCUUAAGACUUAGUUAAAAAUGAAAAAAAAAAUUAAAAUUAUAAAAAUUUAGGAAAAAAAAACGUUCAGGUUUGGGGGGAAAGGGUGUCAUUGAUGUGGAUGAUUGCAUGCAGCGGCUUCUCAUAUUUAUUGAGAAUAAAAACGAUGGAUAUUGAGACUAAGCUCGAAGACCAACUGCGAGAAUCGUUGAAUUAAUGAUAACGGCCGUUUUCGAGUUUUAUAUUUACAGAUAACGAUAUAUUAUUUAUUACUAAUAAGGAGGGCGCUGGAUGCACGUCCUGGGGCGAUGUCAUUAAAUUUAUCAUCUGAUUAUGCAAUUAUUAUUAUUUUGCGAAUAAAUAGGAAGUCGGUUCACCACUAGGUGGGAUAAAAUGGGAAUUUUCAUGUUGAUAAGUAGUUUGAAAAAUCGAUUUCCAUUUUGCAAUGAGUUUUUGAAUGAAUUUCUUCGGGUCCAAUGCUUUUUUGAAGGUAUUUCCUUUAUUUAACGCAUUUUUCUAGCUUCUGAGAUAUUCAUGGAAAAAUAAAGUGCAAUUUAGCUGAGAAACUCCUCCAUUUUGCCCCACUUGUCACAUAUUUUAACCAGUGGUGAGGGAUAAUUCACUCGAUGAAUUAUAAAUAUAUAAAUAGAACUUAAAAAUUAUAUGGAAACCGAAACGGUACGAUUUUACGAUAAUAAGGUACACGUGAAUAGUAAAACAUCGCCUUAACUCAUUAUGUCAAUUUAAAAGUCAGAUUUUUUUUUCAAGAAUGCGUUAGGUAACGAGCUCUGCUCACGUACGCAGUGCAUCUAGGAGUAAUUUGCCUUGGGCCAAAUCGAUUUCUCACAAAAUAUUUAUUCCCUCAAUAAUAUAUUUUUAUUUUUUUUUCUUUGCUCGAUUUGGUUCAGCGUGAUAUGUCCAACUGCCUAGCGAACGAUUCUGUUUUACCCCGAAUUAAAUCAUUGACCCAUUAAUAGGAACUUUUAACUUACGAAAAACAUAAAUUAUUUUUCAGUGUUUAAUUUUUUUCUUUUUUUGAUAAGAUAUUAACAGUGGAGUCAGGCGUGAAGUGAUGGACUGUAGCUAGAUAAUUCUUCACAUUCCAUCGUUCGUUGUCUUCGUAAUGAGUGAUUCUAGGGAAAAAUAUCACAAGAUAUUUUUUGUAGACAAUUUUGUCAGCUACAAAAAAGAUUUAACGACAUUUCCUCGAAUAAUUAAUCACCAACAAGAUAAUUGCAUGGGUUAAAAAAAUGUCAAAAUUUGUUUGACAUGAGAAAUAAAAUUUCUCUUAAAUCCUGAAGAUCAAUUACGCUCUAUCACUUCACAACUGAAAUCCGCCAGUCACUGGUAGAAUAAUAUAGUAGAUGAAUUCAUAAAAAAGAGUUUGAACGAUUGAACGAUAGUGCAGAAGUAAUUCACAUGAAACGUAAAUGAUAAAUCCAAUUGUGUUCGUGUAAUAUCGUCCGUUGUUCCGAUCCCUUUGGUGUCUUGAAUAAUUUCGGUCAUUAUAUUGAAUUGUCUGUCCGAAUAAAUCAAGUCUCACUUGCGCUCGUACUUGUUCAAAUCAGUGUUCGAGAUUGAAUAUUUUUUUUUCAUUUUUUUAACAUAUUUUUUUUUUCUUUGCAUGACUUUAAGGUAACGAGGUUUCAACGGUACAGUGCAAUUGAGAAAAGAAAAAUGUAAUUCAAGUCUGAAGAUGAUUUAUGAUAAUGUUAAUUAUUCUGCAUGAAAAAAAAAUGUCACCUAUGUUCAUACGAAUAAAUUAAUCUAGUGAUUAAUGAAGGGAAAACGAAGGGGAAAUUGAGAUUGUGAAGAUACUGUUGGGAGGGGAAAGGGUCGAGCGAGGGUAUCCGCGAAUGUUAUUGUUAAUUUCCACAUGACAUAUCUCACGAUGUUGAAUUGUUGUUUUAAAUAAUUUAGGAGGGGAGUGGAUGAACGAAAAUUCUACAGAACUGAAAAUAUUUUUCAAAAAUUCAACUCCACGAAAAAUUUAUUGAUUGUUUUGCCACUUCCCUGUUGAAUUUCUUCCAUCCACGAGAGUAGCGAUUGUAUUCAACUUAAUUGUUAUGGACUCGAAGGUUCAAAAUCCUUUGGAACUGAGAAAAGUCACCUGACUCCGUCGCUGCGUAUUUUUUUUUUUAAUCAAAUGUUUAUUUUAAAAUAUCGUGAGAUUUAGAAAAAUGAAAAUUGUAGUAAAUCAAUAGGCAGCGUGUAUUGUUGUAAUUGUAGACAUUCCACUGAAUGAUUGUACGGGGAGAUAAUAAUGUUGCUUUUGAACAAUUGCACUGAGGAAUACAUUUGAGUGAAUAAAACAUUCGAAAUUUCAAACGGAGACUCGCUCGUCGGUUUCACUCUGACAAGAUAAUUCACAGAUGAUCGAACAGAGAGAGUAUGAAAUAUUGUUACAAAAAAAAUCGAAAAAAAAUGUCUUUUUAUAUAUUGCUGCAUGAUAUUUUUUUAUAUAUUAGUAAUUGAAAAUUUUGAUAUGCAAAUGAUAUGCUGUGUACGUCUGUGUGAUCCUAUGGAUUACUAUCGAUUUUUUUUCUUUUUUUUCAUGAAAAAAUAAUGGGAAUUUUGAACUGAUGAAUAAAAUAGCCCCAGUUACUGUGGCAUGAAUUUCA